AUGCCUCGAGGGAUUCCCAAUGCCAAACGAGACGAAACAGGCAUGCGUUAUACGACGUUCAGCGUCCCUUUAGCCCCAAAUCCGAAGCAUGUCAGCUCCACCUACCUGAAAUCAGAAUCUCAGACUCUUUGGGCGAGGAACGCAUUGCGUAAAAGCAACACUGUUGUGGUUGAAGAAGGAACGCAGGAUCAACGACGAGGUUCUCAGGUCCUUGUAAUUCACCCUGGGUCCUGCUACCUGCGGAUAGGGAAAGCUUCUGAUGUAAAUCCAGUUACAAUACCAGCCGUCGUGGCCCGUAAACAUACCUCCGCACCGCCAGAAAUAAUCCGAGUGGAGAAUGUCUGUCGCCCAAGGAACAAUACCCCAGGAUCUCAGAAGAGUGACACCCAGAACGGUGAUGAAUAUGACGUGUCCACGGCCUCUAACGACCCGUUUGAUGCGAAACUGGCUGCAAUUACUCUUUCUCUUCGUGAUAGGAUGCGUUUUUACAAAUUGCGUGUAACGCCCAAUGCUACGAAAAUUGCGUCGACUUUCAACGAACAAUUUAAACCUGAGGUCAUCACUGACUAUGAAGCUUUAGAGAUGGAAUGGAUUGACGAAACGUGUUCUGAAGAUGUCCUGGCCCUCCAAAUCGCUGACCCUCGUCUGUCAAAUUAUGCGGUCAAAUGGCCAAUUCUGGCCUCAAAUUUCAACACUAAGGACUACCAAUCUAUCCAAGCGAACUUGAGCGACCUUGAAGCCCUCAUCCGACAUACGCUGCGGGACAGAAUGAAUAUAAGCUUUACUGACUACAAGAGGUAUUCAGUUGUUCUUGUGAUACCUGACUUCUACGACAGAGCGUAUAUUCGAGAGAUUGUCAAUCUUUUAGUGGUUAUGGGAUUCAAGCAGUUUUGUGCUCAGCAGGAGUCGCUGGCUGCAACAUACGGAGCAGGUAUAUCGAAUGCAUGCGUCGUUGAUAUCGGCGCGAAGGUGACGAGCAUAGCAUGCGUCGAUGAAGGCUUAGUCCUCUCAGAAACAAGGAUGACGCUGAAUAUGGGUGGUGAUGAUAUAACGGAAUUUCUUUAUGUUUUGUUGGGUCGCAUCAACUUUCCUUACAAGAACCUUGACCUGAGUCGCUCGUACGACUGGAACGUUCUAGAGGACCUAAAAUCUAGGUUAUGCACUCUGGCUGAGGGUGACGUCGCCCUAAACUUGUAUGAUUUCAUCGUCCGCAAACCCAAUCGACCUACAGAAAAGUACGGUUUACGAGCGUAUGAUGAAAUUAUCUUGGCGCCUAUGCCCCGCGUUAUCGAAUUCAACAACAAACGGAAGGGAGCUCGACCGAUCUCGCCAAACGUAACUGAAGAGAUCAUUGAUCAUCAAGCAGAUUGUGUUACAAACGCCAUGGUCAUUUCAACCCAGCAUUUGAUGCCCCCUCCACAGUUGACCGACUCUACAAAGCAAACCCCAACAACCACCACUCAUACUUCAGGUACCAUCACCCCAGCGAAAGUCGACUCUACAUCUGCGGACGUCUCAUCCAUGGUAGUUGAUAUACAGAGCAUUCCUGCACCAACAGAUGCACCGAGUGAAUCGGUACCUGAGGUAAUUGAUGUUGAUGACGAUAGCAAGCUUGCCACCUUGCAAGACUCGCAACUUGCCUCUCAAUCGCAAGUGAGCACAUAUCCAGGAGGUUACUCUAUCGAUGUCUGCUUCGAAGCAAGCAAAUUGCCUCUAGAUGUUGCCAUUUUCAACAGUGCGCGAGCUGCUGGAGGUGAUGAUAAGAUUCGAAAGUAUCUGCAAGCAGUUCUUGUCAUUGGGGGAACAGCCCUUAUUCCAGGUAUGGCACACGCUCUUGAAAGCAGGCUACAGGCUAUAGCGACUCCCCUGGUGCCAAAUAUGGAGAAGGUGCAGAUAAUCCCCCCGCCAAAGGAGGUAGAUCCUCGUGUUCUUGCUUGGAAAGGCGCUUCAGUGCUUGGGAAAAUGGAUGGAGUAUCUGAAUUAUGGGUGACACCUUCAGAUUGGGUUUGCAUUAAUUUCGCUUUCGCUACAUCUAGAGUCUUAAUUUAUAUACAGGAUACAUUUGGGAUGCGCAGUCUCAAGGAAAGAUGUUUCUAUCUUUGA